CACAUCCCUUAUUGUUUGGUCUGACUGCAGGAAUGCCCACAUUACGGCUACUAAGAGAGUGAGACACACACAGAGAGGAAGAGUUGAGGGUCGGGUGUUGUACAGCAAGAUAAUGAGCUUAUGGCAGUGAAGCUGGGAAAGCCUUUGGCACAGGUUGAAGCUGUUAAUUGAUCAGGAAAAGGCCUACCAGGAAAGAAAGGACACAGAGAACAAUAAGAAGGUCACAAGUCUAAAGGAGGAGCUGACAAAACUCAAGUCAUUUGCGUUGAUGGUUGUGGAUGAACAGCAGCGUCUCACUGAGCAGCUGAAUCAACAAACAACUAAGGUCCAAGAACUGAGUAUCAGUGCUUCAAAAGCCCAGGAGGAGCUCAGCUCAGCUAAUGCCCGUCUGCAGGAAGAGGAGCAAAAGGUCUUUCGCUUGGAGGCUGAGCUGCGUGGCCAAACCGGUCGAUACCAUCAGGAACAAGAGGCCAUGACUGCCAAAUUGACAAGUGAGGAUGCCCAAAACAGGCAGCUGCGCCAGAAAUUGUCAACUCUCAGCAGGCAGCUUGAUGAGCUGGGAGAGACCAACAAGACCCUGCGCAGGACCGAGGAGGAACUGCUGGAGCUAAGGGACAAAAUUAGCCGUGGUGAGUGUGGAAACUCUAGCCUCAUGUCUGAGCUUGAAGAGUUACGCAAAAGGGUACUUGAAAUGGAGGGAAAGGAUGAAGAGUUGAUCAGAAUGGAGGACCACUGCAGGGACCUCAACAAGAAACUGGAGAAAGAGGCCAAUCAAAGCCGGAGCCUGAAGGCUGAAGUCGAUAAACUGAACCACAGAAUUAUGGACUUAGAGAAAUUAGAGGAUGCAUUCAGCAAGAGCAAACAAGAAUGCAGCUCACUGAAAAGUAACCUGGAGAAGGAGAGGAUGGUGUCAAAGGUUCUCACCAGUGAGCUAGAUGUCUUGAAAGUCAGGGUCAAAGAACUGGAGGCUGCUGAAAGCCAACUGGGAAAGACAGAGCUGACACUGAAGGAAGAUCUAACCAAGUUAAAAACUCUGACAGUCAUGCUGGUGGAUGAGAGGAAGGCAAUGGCAGAGAAGCUAAAGCAAAUGGAAAACAAAGUCCAGAACAGCACUGGCAAACUUCAGGCUGAACAAGACAAAGUUACGUCAGUCACAGAGAAGCUAAUUGAGGAGAGCAAGAAAGCACUGAGGUCAAAGGCUGAGCUGGAGGAUAAAAUGUGCAGCGCUACAAAGGAAAGGGACGAUUUGAAGGCCAAGUUGGGGGCUGAGGAGGAAAGGAGCAAUGACUUGGAAUCGAAGAUCAAUAUGAUGAAGAAAAGGUUGCAAUCACUAGAGACCAUAGAAAGAGAAUACCUGAGAAACAAAGCUAAAGAGGAGCACAUCAAAACACCUGUUGCUAACCGCUUCCAGCAAGAAGACAACAAAGUAAAGGAUUUGACGCAGGAGGUUGAACGCCUCAGAUGCAAAUUAAAGGACAUGAAGGUGGUAGAAGGUGACUUCUUAAAAACAGACGAAUAUGAAUCAAUGGAGAAAAGAUUCACCAAUGAACAACAGAAAGCUAAAGUCUUGUUGGAAGAGCUGGAAAUAUGCAGAAAUGAACUUUCAAAGUACCAACUGGCUGAAAAGAAAGAGUGCAACCAAGAGCAUGUUCUUUAUAAACGUUUGAAAGAGGAGGAGGCAAAGUCUAGUCAUUUGACCAGAGAGGUAGCAGCUCUAAAAGAGAAGAUCCACGAAUACAUGGGAACCGAGGAAUCAAUUUGCCGCAUGAAAACUGACCACUCUACACUGCAAAGAAAACUGACCCAGCAGGAGGUCCGAAACAAAGAACUGGCCAGAGAAAUGGAGACACUGACGAGAGAGCUUGAAAGAUACAGACGCUUUAGCAAAAGUCUUCGCCCUGGCAUGAAUGGAAGGCGCUUUUCAGACCUUCACGUUUCCACUAAGGAAGUUCAGACAGAGCCACUUGACCUCAUGUCUCCUAACUGUAAGACAAUGGCACCACUGGAAUGUGCUGUGGUGAACGGGAAGCUGUACGACGAGAGCGAAGCUGAAGAAAAUUCAAAUUACAGCAACGAGCUUCAGCUCACCAAAUGCAGCCCCUCACUAAUGAAUAACGUAAAUAAUCUCAACAACAACUUGAGGAGAGCGCGAGUCCCAUUCCUUAAAAACAAAGACACCCCCCAUCAGGUGAAUGGUAAAGUGCAACCAUGGCAGAAUGGCAACCAUGUUCAGCCUGGAGAUGUUGUGUUGACCCACAGUCCUGGGCAGCCACUGCACAUUAAAGUGACUCCUGACCACGGACAUAACACAGCAAUGCUAGAGAUCACCAGCCCAACCACAGAAAACACCCAGUCAUUCACCAGCACUGCCGUCAUACCCACAAGUGGAGGUCCUCCCAAACAGAGAAUUACCAUCAUCCAGAAUGCUUCCAUAUCCCCUACCGCAAAAUCCAUUUCCCCAACCACAAAAUCCAAAGGUUCCCCAAUGACUGAUGAACCGUGUUCACCAGAUAGGGCCCUAUCGCCUUUCACUAUGGCUACAUACUCAAGAGCAAUGACUCCAGACUCUUGUGGCUCCGUCACACCAGACAGAGCCAUGUCACCUAUACAAAUUGUGUCGGUCACAACAGGUACCCCUGAACGAUCCCUCUCCACAGAGCCGAUAGAGGUUGUUGGAGGGCACGCCGUCUUCCGUGUGACACCGGAAAGGCAAACCAAUUGGCAGGUCCAGAGGUCUAACAGCUCUGGGCCAAACGUCAUCACCACGGAGGACAACAAAAUCCACAUUCACUUAGGGAGCCCCUUCAUUCAGAGUAUUAGCACUCCGACGCAAACUCUGAGUCCAUGCCACACGUCUGGACUCCAGGAGCAAAGGACUCAGGUGUUUGCAAAUUGCAGUACUCCUACUGCCAAAGGCAACAGCAAAAUCACGAGUAGCAUCAUGAUUAAGCCCACCUCCACCCCAAUCCAAAGGCCAUCACAAAUUACAGUAAGUAAUGUCUAUGACUGACCUGAUAACCACCAAAACCCUCCAUCCCAUCCUUUGUUACUGAAUCCUGCCCAUGAGAUCCAAUACAACCAUAGACCCUUAUACAGUACUCCAACUCUAUACCCGGAUGCUUUUACAUGUCUGUUUUACUUGAUUUAUGAUCUUAAAAUUGGGGUUUGAAUGUUUUCUUUUUAUUUUGGUUGGUUUGCUUGGUUCUGUGUGAUUUAGUUCAAACAAUUGUUUGCCUGCAUGAGAAAACAAUACCAUUUGAAAGUACUAGAAAUUUUGAUUUAAUUUGACAUAACACCAAGUUUUAACUUAUGUGCACUUACUGUAUUAUAUUCAGUGGCCAAUUUGCCAUGGAGUCAGACUAUUCACACUGAUGUAUCAUACCAGUUUUUAUACUUCAUAUUACACAUACUGCAUUAUGAUUACGUUGUUUGAUUUUCUGAGAAUUAAAGUGUGCAAAAAUAAGUUUUAUGUUUUAUAGUUUGUUAUCCAUGCUUGCAAAUUUCAUUUACUCACUAAAUCCAGCAUGCUUUGAAUGUGUAAAAUUAAAAUUAUUUUAGGAAACUGCAAUUAGAUUGAAAUCAGAUGUUUGAGUUGACUUUUGGUGCAUGCACAGUAACUGUUUAACACUUCAAUCCAACGUGUUUGUUACACAGUGUGUAGUCAAAAGAUUAUAAUUUACUUUCUCAGAUUUGAACAUGAAGACUGUCAACACUUUGUUAGACCUAAUUAAAUAAUACCCAAGUGGAAGAGUU